GCUACAAACGAUUCAUUCCAUUUUUCCAUUAGCGAAUAGUAGCAUUUUAAUUCCUUUAGUUUGAAUUAAGCCUUUCGUUAUUUUUAUCAUCAGAUCAUGUGAUGUUACCCUUUGAUGCAAUAAAUCAUUUCCUUUGCAAAACCUAAAUUCAUCCAAUUCAACUUUUCCAUCCUUACAAUUCAUUUGCCUAUAUGAUAAAUAAUAAUUUAACUUUUUCGAUUGAAUAAAGAAACCUCAUAGGCUGAAAAACCUUCUCGGGCUAAUCACUGCCUGCAAUACAUUUUUUCCAAACAACGAAGCCAGAAAAAAUAAACAGCAACCUAAAAAUUUUCAAAUUUGCACUAGAAAUGUACCUGAUUAUAAUUAUUUUAAACUCAGUUUUGGCCCUUAGCGAGUCUUUACUUCCUGUUGAAAAUGAUUUUCUUGGUAUGAAGCUAGACAAGCGGAGCAGAAGAGACGUGCAAAUAUAUCCCCCUGGCUGGAAAUUUACAACUGUGUCGCCAGAGGACGAGCCUCCUUACAACAAAUACGUGCAACCAGACAAGCCCAAAGUGACAUUUGGAUUUCACAUUGAGCAGAUGCGAACUGUAUCCGAGAUCGAGAAAACCUUCUCCUUUGAUGCAAUUAGUACGGCUAACUGGACUGAUCUCCGUGUGGCUGAUUUCCUCUCUAUCAGCAAGGAUAGCUGGAAUUGGGCACGUGAGAUAGAGCUCAAAGCGGAUACCCUGGAUGACAUCUGGCAUCCGGACAUUAAUUUCGACCCACUAGUCUCAGUGGUGGAAUCAGAAGCAAGCAGUAAAAUGUUUUUGGGUAGGAGAGGAGAAGUUCGGAUGUCUAAAUUUGGACGCUAUACUUUCUCGUGUGACAUGGACUUGCUGUAUUUCCCGUUUGAUCGACACAAAUGCUUUAUUAUGAUUUCCGCCUACAGAAUGGAUGUCGACGUGGGCAAGAUGAGGAAAAACACGGAACUGUUUUUCAGUAUGAAGCCAGGUCAACUAAUUGGCAACUUGCGCUUCAAUGACCUCAAUCAUUCCACGGAUUACAAGUUCAACGUGGCAGCUGUCGUCGAAUACACACAUUACAUGCAACACGCACUGUUUUUGAAAAUGAGUCGCAACCCAAUGUAUUAUAUGCUCACUCUUUUUAUUCCAAAUACAGUCCUCACAUGCCUAAGCUGGGUGGUGAUGUGGAUAGAUCCCCUUGCCCUGCCUGAAAGAGCCAACAUCUGCAUCGCCCUCAUCCUCGCCCAGGUCAUUCUCAUCAUAGGCGAAGAGCAGAGUUUUCCCCAAUCGGCUGACUUCAAGAUCAUCGAUGCUUAUCUGAUUGUGAACUUUUUGAUGAAUGUGGCUUCUCUGAUCGAGACUCUCUUGGCAUCCUGUUCCGGUAAGAAAUUAAUGGCAAAGAGAAAUCGGGAAGUCAUCAAUCAAAAACGAACUGCAAGUACCCAUGAUAACGAGUCAGAAGAGAAGCUUAAAAACGAGUCAUCUGUUGAAGUUAUGGACCAAAAUGGGACAAAAUCGGACCAUUCUCAGCUGGCAUUGGACCCUUCAUCUUCUCUGGGAAUCGAAAUAGUCGGACAUGAGUUUAACUCCUACGUGCAAUCCACUGAAGAUUAUCCAGACAGAAUUUGCAGAAUUUUGUCACCUGUGUCUUUCUUGAUUUGGAACGUUUCCUUCUUCUUUCUGUUCAAAUAUUUCGCAAAUAUAGCUUAUGACAAAAAUGAUCCGCAGCCACCGUUUUUGCAUUAUUAAAACAACAAAGAAUUGGUAGUUUUCUGACAUUUUCUAGAUGAAAAUCAAUUCAGUCCAACUCAUAUAACUCUUUGAUAUCUAUGAUUCUUUUUACAAACGAAAAUUUUUCCUAAGUUCUGCAGAUUUUCUAAAUACAAUAACUCAGGUCACCGACUUGCAAAAUUAACGCUCUAUAAAUUGUCCCUAAUUGGGUAUUGUUUUAUGACAUCCAUUUUCGGAAACAAAAGAAAAGUGCUUUUGGCGCCGAGGAGAACUUGAGGGACUUGAACGCAAAUCUUUCUAAUUUUUGCAAUGGGAGGAUGCAACAGGGGAUGAUUAAAGAUAUCCGUUGCUUUCUCAAUAUUUUGUUAGUGAAUGAUGACGUUUUUUGUAUUCAAAAUAAAAUAAACAAAAUUUUUAUAUAGUGUUUGAAAUGCUCGUUAAUGAUAUAUGCUUGAUUGUUUGAGUUAUCACAUGACUGGUAAGUUUCAAAUUUUGUAUAAUUUGAUAUUUUGAUGAUGCUCAUAAAUGGUGCUUUGA